UUUAAAUAUCCGAGUCCGUGCUCGAAAUGGGUUUUUCAGCGCCGGCUCCGGUUCGUACAUGAGGGAGGGAAGAGCACGAACCCGCCAAAUCGCCUCCACCUCAGGAUACAGUAACGUUACCAUGACGGGAGUGUGAAGUUCUCUCUAUCCGCCACUGUUUGGAGAUCUCACAAAGAACAAUGCCGGAGCAAAGCAACGAUUAUCGAGUGGUGGUGUUUGGGGCUGGAGGAGUUGGCAAGAGUUCCCUGGUCCUGCGCUUCGUGAAGGGAACCUUCCGUGAGAGCUACAUCCCCACCAUUGAGGACACCUACAGGCAGGUAAUCAGCUGUGACAAGAGCAUCUGCACCCUGCAGAUCACCGACACCACCGGCAGCCAUCAGUUCCCUGCCAUGCAGCGCCUGUCCAUCUCCAAGGGACACGCCUUCAUCCUGGUCUACUCCGUCACCAGCAAGCAGUCCUUGGAAGAGCUGAAGCCCAUCUUUGAGCAAAUCUGUCAGAUCAAAGGUGAUGUGGAGAGCAUCCCCAUUAUGCUGGUGGGCAACAAGAUUGACGAGACGAGUGGCCGGGAAUUGGACACCAGCGACGGCGAGGCGUUGUCCAAGAGGUGGAAGUGCGCCUUCAUGGAGACGUCAGCCAAGACGAACCACAAUGUAAAGGAGCUCUUCCAGGAGCUGCUCAACCUGGAGAAGCGCAGGACUGUCAGCCUCCAGAUCGACGGCAAAAAGAACAAGCAGCAGAAACGGGCCGAGAAGCUAAAGGGCAAGUGCGUCGUCAUGUGAAGCGUUCCGGUAUCCAAACUCUGGGUUUGGCCAGAGGGAAAGCAAAGACAUACAGAUUCUCACAAGCUAGCAGUUCUAGCAAACACCGUUUACACCUGACAAAGAAAGGGACGCAUGCUUAACCAUGACACAUUUCCCUGGACUGGAGAGUCACUCAGUGAAGGAACAGAUGGCUAUUAAGUUGGGGUUCACCAUCACUUACACGUAAGACAAUUUACAGAGACAACCCUGGAGAAACAUUCUCAAAUUCACUUCAUACAGUGAUGCUUCAAAAGACAUGAUACCCUAAGUGCUUGCCUGAGGGUGGAUUCACUUUCACCCACUGCAGGUUUGCACCAGAUCUUAGAACCCAACUGCAAUGCUUAGUGCUUGGCAACCUCUCUCAUCCUCCAAAGACUGCACAGUUCAGGUCCGGGUAAACAAAACAAAAACGAAACUUCAAGGUCCACCGAUUGGCACUACUAACCACUACCUUUCGCAACUGUGAAUAAGAAAGACGUAUGAUAGGUGAAAUGCAAAAAAGAUAAUUUUAGACAGCGUUUCUGCACGAAUAAUGCGGCCCACAAGAUCCAUGCAAAACAAAGCAAUAUGUGUGAAUGUUGCUGUUGCUCAAGAAUCACCAAGCUAUAGAUUGAGCUACUAAAGGUUUUUAAAUUGGGUAUAUUACAAUUGGAAUCAGUUGGAAUCUGGGUGGUGAAACAAAAAAGUUCAAAAUAAUUCUGAGCCAGACGGUAAUGAUCAUCCUUACAGACAAUUGUAGAAUGUUUUCAUAAACCUUCUCUAAGUUGUAGUUUUUAGUUUCACUUGAAAAGCAAAAAAUCUUUUAUAUAGUCAAAUGACUUAACAGGUCAUAAUGUCAAGUUUUUGUCUAAUGAUGGAAGACAGCAAUCAUUCAAUAUAACAUUCCAAACCUUUGACUGUGAAAUAAUAUUCUUAAUUUGAUAAAGGUCCGAUAUAUAUUUUACAGAGUAUAUCUUCAGUGCAGCUCAAUGCCAUCAUCAUUUUUGUUUUGGGCAUAGGUUUUAAACACCAACUGACUGAGCUGAUAUUCUGUAGAUUAAGCAUUUAUUAGCCUUCAAUAUGAGAAGCUAAACAUCAGAAGUAAAAUCAUACAAAUGCAAAAUGUAAACACAAAACAGCUCAACCAAGAUAAGCUUUGGGCAGAUGGUUGAAACUGAAAUGGCUCUUUUAAAUUGGUCAGACAUUUAAAAGAGCCACUUUAGUUUCAACGAUCUGUAUGUUGCAAGACUAAAGCCCACAGGUAGAUUACAUGUUUAUUUACCAGUGAAAAAUGUAAAUGUUGCAGUGCAAAGAAAAACAUUUAGAAGAAAAUCCUUUUUCCUCUGAAAUAUAAAUACCUCCAAAAACUGAAAGCUUACAGUAGAAUAUGUCCCAGAUCUAAAAGCUUAUUUACAGAUAAACUAACCUUGUGUCCCAUUUACCUUGUUAUGAAGUAGUUUGGUCCAAUGAAACUGGCAGAAACAUUACAUAAAGCUUUGUGAUAGAAUUGCAUGAUUCAAGCAGCAGCAGAACAGAGCUUUCAGAUACUGGCUGCGCAGAGCUAACACAAAAAAGCCCUUCUGUAAUUUUCCUACAUCAUACUCAACAAGCAACCAAGUAUGUUUCCAAAUAUCAAUAACUGAGUACAACCUUUUUUGAGAGGAAUAACUCAAAUGUGUAUAUUUUAGCAUGAUGGGUCUUGUAAUUAUAAUGGUAGAAUCUGGCUUUCUGGCUAGCUUAUAUUGCUGCUUUGGCUGUCUUUCUUUACAUCGGUACUGCUUGCAGUACAACAGAUACAGUAAAGCUAUUUAUCUGUUAUUAAGUGCUGUAUUGUCACAAGAAUGUCACUAGUAUGGUCGUAACCAGAAGACGUAAAGAAUGGCAGAUAGACUUUGCCAUAGUGAACCUGCAGUAGAUGACCAGACAUCUAUAUCCAAAAAUCGUCUUUAGCUAUAGGCACACAAGUUGUGCCAACAAGAGUUGAUGGUAUGUAUUACUUGGGUGAGGGAUGUGCUUAGAUUCAAUGCUGAAGUUUCUCGAGCCUGUUUGUUAUGCCAGAAUUGUAAAGCAAAUAUUAUGCUGUUUUGAUGAAAUGCCUGUAAAACAUCAUGUGUGCCUACAAGUUUAUAUAGUAUUGUAUAUAAGUCACAAAAAUAAAGAAAGUUAUGCAUUUGAUCUUGA